GAAAGAAGCAUCUUCCCGCGGUUUAUAACCGGCACGUGCAAUAUGCCUUGGCUGAUCAGGCAGAAAGUUCUUGACGCUACACCUAAUUUCUCGACAUCAAAAGAAUUUGUUGAAACUUUAAAAAAUAUAUUUUCUUAAUCAGCUCAAUGAGCUCUAUCGAACGAUGUAUAAUAAGUUCAAACAAAAUGUUGCUCAACUUUUGCAUUACGCGCACCUUGCAUUCGUUCACCGUCCUUCGGAUUCCGAAUGUGAUAUUUUUAUUGCAUAAAAGUUUAGUUCUGAUGCAGAAAAUUUAGAAUUGCAAGCAUAAUUCAGGCUUUUUCGCUUCAGAUUUGGAAAAAAUGAAUUUUUUCAGCAAUGAAAAGGAAUUUCAAAAAAAAACGAUUUGAACUUUUGUACUUUUCACUCUCUAUCUAUAAAUGAGUUGGUUCGGAUGUUUUAUUUCAACAGGACAUAUUGCUUGACAAUUUCGACAAAGGUUCAGGUUGAUAUUGAUUCAUCUGGCUUCGUUGUUAAUUCAUCUCACUUAAUCGAGCAUUUAUGUGUACAUUGUCAUAUUUCAUUCAACCGAGAACUUAUUUUUUCGAUAUCGGGCGCUGAAUUAACUAAACGCGUACGUACAAAAGCGAUUCAGUGUAUGUUGAAACAAGAAAUCGGUUGGUUUGAUAGACAAGAAAACCAUAGUGGAGUACUCUGUGAACGCUUAUCAUCAGAUGCAUUAGCUAUUCAAAAUGUAUAUUUGAAAACAGGAUUGUCAAAGAAAACAAGAAAAGUAUUAGACCAUGCUUCAGUACUCGCUACAGAAUCACUUCAAAAUAUUCGUACAGUUGUACAAUUGACUAAAAAAGAUAUUUUUAUACAAAAGUAUUCCAACUAUAUUAACCAAACAUACACAUGGUCAAAAAACUAUUCCUAUAUUGAAGCAAUUGCAUACGGUGUGGCAACAUCGAGUUUUUAUUUUACUUUAGCAGCAAUAUAUGCAGCCGUCUUUGUAUUAGUUGAACAUGAACAACUUAAAGCUGAAAAUAUAAUGAUGUGA